AUUCUUGGGAGUGACGCGCGCAACUGGCUUGAUAACUGUCAAGACCGAUCGAUCUUAAAACUCUAGAUCACCCAUCGAGUGCACAAGAUUACUGAUACAAGAGCUCAACUUGCGAUCGCAAUUGGUCAAAGUAAAGCGAGCCCUAAGUAGUUGGUAUUGCCCUCCUUCUGGUUCCGAUGGCUACAAUCCGUGCAGCUGCGCAGACCGGUUCUAAGCUGCGCAUCGGCGUCAUAGGUGCUGGGGGCAACACCAAGCUGCACCACAUUCCCAAGCUGCAAGCCAUUCCUGGCGUGGAAGUAGUGGCCAUUGCCAACCGCACUGCUGAGUCCGCUGCAAAGGCUGGGGAGCCCUUUGGCAUCACCAAGGCAACUGGGAACUGGCGAGAGAUUAUUGAGGAUGCAACCAUCGAUGCAGUGGUGAUUGGAACCUGGCCCUAUCUGCACAGGACCCUAGUGCUGGAGGCCCUGAGGGCAGGCAAGCAUGUCUUGACUGAAGCUCGCCUGGCAAUGAAUGCAGCAGAGGCACGGGAGCUGUAUCAGGAGUCUCUGAGGCACCCCCACCUGGUCACCCAAGUGGUGCCUUCGCCCAUCACCUUCAAGUAUGAUGCCACCAUCCAGGACAUCAUACAGAAAAAGCUCCUGGGCGAGCUGGUCUAUGUGGAGGUGAAGGGUCUAUCGGGGACGUUUGCUGAGGCAGAGGGGAGCCCGCUGACUUGGCGGACAGACAGCAGAUACAGUGGCCUCAACAUUGGCGUCAUGGGCAUCUUCUAUGAGCCCCUGCAAAGGUGGCUGGGGGAUGCUGCCAGCGUGAGUGCAAAGGCAAAGACUGUGGUGAAGGUACGCACAGAUGGGGACACUGGGGAGCCGACAGCUGUCCGCAUUCCCGACCACCUAGACAUCCUGGCAGAGCUGGCCAUUGGGGCACAAGCACACCUGGUCUUCAGCAGCGUGAUAGGUGCUGUGCCAGGGCAGUUGAAGGGCUACACACUGUAUGGCAAGGAGGGAACGCUGCACUUGGACCUGGACGCCGGCAAGCUGCUGCUGGGUCUUAAGUCAGAGGGCGGCCAGCUCAAGGAAGUCAGCAUCGAUGCUGACAAGGCAGCUUCAUGGCGGGUGGAAGAGGAGUUUGUGGGAGCUAUCAGGGGCACAGAAAAGGUCAGGCGCACAACCUUUGAGCAGGGAGUGAGAUACAUGGAGUUUACUGAGGCAGUCACCCAAUCGCGGCUGAGCAAUGCACCGCAGCUGCACAAAGUGACGGACACUCUUAGCCUGCUGGUAGACAGCAAUGGCGAGAAAAUUUUCGUCGGCGGAUUUCCACUGUUUCUCAUCGAUGAAAAUGGCACUCUGGUCCAGUCACUGGAGAAAUGGCUGGAAAUCUUCGUGAAGUGUCUUGGGAACACUGGCAACUCCCUGCUGCCAGGCCUCUUCAUAAAUGGGCUGAUAAAGACCGGCAAGUCAAACAUGCUCAACAUGGUCCUCCCAGCAGUGCUGCGUCGCCACCAAAACUUUGGAGUGGGGGGAGAUAAUGAGCUGCUGAUCUGCCGCCUUGACUUUGAUGACAUCGCCACCGGACAGACAUACUCGCAUGCCCUGCGUCGAUUCGCGACAGCGCUGCUGAAUUGGGCUGCUGGCGGCGAGUUGCAAGCCUGGUUUCUGCGUGAGAAAGAGGAUGCCGAUCGUGCGCGCAACCUCUGGAGGAUUCUAGUCAACAAAUCGCCAGACACAGUGGUCUUUGCAUUCUCUGGCGGCAGCAUGUGCUCGGUGGGGGCAAAUGUGUCUGAAGGGGGGGCUGCCAUGUCAGAAGCAACUGUGCCCUUUGACAUCGGCAAGCUCCUGCGCAUCAGCCGCGGCAGCAUGCCUGCUUCCAUCAGCGAUGCAGCUGCAGCAGAGACCUGGGCCCAUAUGCAGGUGGCAUGUGCGGGGAUGCCAGCAGAGUUUGGCAUGUUCAUGUACGGGAGACUGCCUGCCAUGCAAGUCUCCUGCUGCCAGGACUACAUCAGGCGCAUUCGAAGCCCGAAUGCCCCGGCGGAACUGCUGGCUUUUGUGCAGGAAUUUGAGAUCAACAGCCUGCUUGUAGAGGUUGCAAAGGACCUGCUGCCUGUCUUGAGGAUGCUGCCUACAAGCGCACAUGACCACUUGUUGAGGCUCGCGAAGGGUGAGGGGGUCCCCUUGGGGGUUCUGAACUACACGAUCCUCCAGCUGCUGCGCCCCUGCCUGUCAGCUCUGUUCACAGAGGAUGGGGUGUUGAGGAGCAAUGUAGUGACCGCUCUGCCAGGCUGGCUGCAGCGGAACCAACACGCAGCGCAGAAAGAGCAGAAAAUCGUCUUGCAGGCGGGCAACUCGUUGGAGUGGCGGGCGCUCUGGUGUGUGCCCCUAGAAGCCUCAUCGCCAGAGGGCAGCUCCUAUCUCACGCACCCGAGCAUGCAGGUGGCCUCUACGACAUAG